AUGGCCGCCGGGGCGCUCCAGGGCCACCGCGCGGGCGCGCGUGCGCGGCUGCUUCCGCUCCUCCCCCAUUGUGUUUCCGCCGCUCGUUAAAGAAACAUGGCGGACGCUCUCCAGAGCCCGGGUAGUGGGUCUGGGGGUCCCGAGCAGGACUCGAGUGGGAGAUGUGCGGAUUCCGAACCUGUAGUGACCCGCUGGGUUGUGGAUUAUUACGUGUACCUGGCGCUCAGGGCCUUUCGCGAUGGGCGGUGUGAGGAUUUCUCUCAGAUUCGGGACAUCCUGCAGAACCUGCUCGCCCGGCCCAUGGAGGACUCGGGGGACCUGAGCGUGAAGCUGCGCGUCAUGCAGUUCCUGUCUCGCAUCAGUGACGGAGAGAAGCUGGACUAUGUGUUUGAUGCGGACGACUCCACCACUCCUCUGGAGUCUGCUCUGCGCCUGUUGGGCUCCAUCAGCGAGGAGGUACAGAUUUCGGGGCAGGACCUGGAGCGGAUCCAGAAGUCUGUCAGAGAAAUGGCAGUGAUCAUGUGCAUUAAACAAAAGGAAUACAAAAAGGCCAGUAGCAUAUUGAUGAAGUACUUCCCCAAAGGCCUCAGCAGUAAGAAGGCCCUCUUCCUGAGUCUCGUUCAGCAGAAGGUCAGUGUCCAUUCAGCCCUUGACCUGGUGACGUACAACCAGUUCUGCAAGGAAAUGUUCCAGUUUGCAGAGGAUCUGUUGCCUGACUCCGAACCAUUCUUGCACAAGACUGCAGAAAAGAUCAUAGCAACCAGGCAGAUGAUGGAAGGAAGUGUUUUGAGCCAACAAUCUGCAAGGAGAGAGAGUAAUCCAGACAGGCCUCAGUCUCCAGCACCAGCACCAGCAGUAUCAACUUUUACCAGGGACCCCCCCUGGACUGUGUUCAGCCGCUCUGUUCUGAAGGCUGCCUUCUGCUCCAUGGCUGAGGACCUUCAGGUGGACGUGGAGUUUGAGCAGCUGGAAGAGACUGACCCGGAGCCUCUAAUCGUGGACCACAACCCUGUUUCACCUACAAGUGCUGCCUGUCCAAGCAAGGGGCGUUCUAAGGGAGAGAGCCCCUGUCCUGUUCAACACUCUGCCAGUCCCAGUAAAGGAUCCAUUGUGGAAGAAACCCUCCAGUGUCCCAGAAACUCGGCCAUCCCAGAGCCAUGCCAUCCCGUGCUGCCAGGCAACAGCACGACACGGGCAGCCCAUUCCCCUCAGAACUCUGGAACAGGAAGAGGGAGCUCCUGUUCCCCGCGGAGCUCCGACAGCCCCAGGGAGGGGUCCCGAGCCGAAUCGCCUGCCCUGACAGAGCUGGGCAAGGUCACGGUGUCCAAACUGGUUAUGGAGCGGGACAGCUGCCCGACAGAGGAGGAGUGUGCGGGCGGUCGGCCGGAUCCCACGAGUCCCCUCUCGAGCGGCAGCCUGCCUCAUCGGAGGCCCCGGCGCAGACCUUCCAAGCCACAGAAAAGGUUCUCUCCCGAAAGCGACGAAGACUCAUCUGAUGUUUCUAGCAUAUCUUUGGAGACGUCCAGGCAUCCUAAUAUUCGGCACAACGGCCCAUCGACCAGAAAAAGGUUUAGGAUUUAUGAUGAGAUGGAAGAGGAGAAAGUUGGCUGGUCUGAUGAAGAUUCAUUAUUCAGUCACAAUCAAAAAUAUGAAACCAGUGGAGGUGUUUCGGAUGGGGAGAGUGGCAUUGGUCACUGUACCAAGAAGAAGUGGACCUUGGAGGAGAGCGAGUGGAUCAAGGCAGGGGUGCUGAAGUUCGGGGAGGGUAACUGGAAGAAGAUCCAGCAGCACUUUCCCUUCAGAGGGCGGACAGCGGUCAUGAUCAAGGACCGGUGGCGGACCAUGAAGAAGCUGAAGAUGGUAUGAGGCUGGACGGGGGUGAAGCCGUCGUCCCAUUUCGUUCGGAGAGAUCCGGACUCGCAGUGUCUCCACAGUGUUAUUCUGGACAAUUUUGUUUUUUAACCAGGAAGAAAAUUCACAAAAAAUGUGACUGUCUUUUUCUAGACAACACAACUGAAUUUUGAGGUUGUAGUAUUUGGACAGUUAUGUCUCAGAUUUUAAAAAUCUAAUAUGUUCUGACUUUUUUUAAUAGAAGGUGACGGUAACACCCUGAAACUUAUUAAAUGGUUUGCAAAUAAGCUCUA